AUGGAUAAUACUAAAUCGAUUGAGAAUCAAAAAAAAGAACCAUUAAGACCUUGUUGUGCUUGUCCAGAUACACGAAAACUAAGAGAUGAAUGUAUUGUUUCUUUUGGAGAAGAAAAAUGUUAAAAAGAAAUUGAAAAUCAUAAAUUAUGUUUGAAGAAACUUGGAUUUGAUUGA